AUGGUCGCAAUCCGGUGUGACGGGGCUAAAGAUAUGAAUAUAAUGGAGAAGUGCGCUAUUCAGAUUCAGAUGUCUGCAAUGAAGAUUGUGUGCUUUCUGUUUCUGUCUGUUAUUUCGACAACCACGGCUAUGAAUACAAUCAUGGUUGAAAUGGAAGAUAUCGCUAUGGACACCUCGUAUAAAGGGCGCCUGUUUAUGAGAGAAAAUGCCAGCGGUAAAAAAACUGUACUAAUUCAUAAUACAGAAACAAUCGACGUUCAUUUUUGUUUGGAUGAACCCGAAACGUUGAUUGUCGAGCGAAUUAAAUAUUCAACCGAUGGUUACCCCGAUGACGUUAGAGUUGAGCUAGACAACAGUGUGAUUGGUCACUUUAUGACUCACGAAGGAACCAACUGGGGACAUCUUUGGAACGAAUUUCAUGAAACAGGAGUCGUGGGGAUGCCGUUUAAUCUGGAAAAGGGUCAACAUAAUCUCAUUCUUUCAUUGGCAAAAGCGGAUCAAUAUGGAGUGGAGUUGGAUUAUAUUGAAUUCGCAUUUUCCGAAAGUACUUCUGCAGACCAAGUGCUGUGCAGCGAACAUGAGUAUGCUAGGAAAAUGGCCAGUGAAGGUAGAAAGCGACGCAGGCGACAUCUUCGAUCUUUCUUGGAUUAUUUGAAGAAGACUGAACAAUAA